UCUAUAUACCAAGAGAUUAUUAUACCAGGGAACCAAGAGGAUUUGCGUACAUAGAAUACUAUGAUGAACGUGAUUGCGAUGAAGCUUAUAGACACGGGACUGUUAUAUUGCAUGGACGUGAGUUAACCGUGGAAUUUGCGCGUGGAUCUAGAAAAACUCCUCGAGAAAUGAGAGAUAUUCUCCGAUUAGACGAGGAAGAUAUGGAGUACCGAAAAAUUCUUACAGACCUAG